ACUUCAUUUCCCGUGAGCAGUAGCGGCCUCCUUCUGUCACAUGACUGGCAGUUAACGUGUCACAUGUCGACAUGGCCGCGACAGUUUCCAGCGAAGAUUUUACCAACUUCCAGCUUCUUUUAAAGGCUCCGUCUAAAGACGCCGUGAGAGACGUCUGUCUGCAGAGUCACGGAGCUCCGAGUCGCCGGCUCGCGGAGACCACAGCGGCGACGCUAGGCAUCCCCGCAGCCCAGGCCGCACAGCUGGUCCAGUCCCUCCACGUCCUGUCUCAUCACGUCCUCUUCUACAACCUCAGCUCUCCGGAGCAGAUCCUCGCUCUCUUCCCCGAAUCCUUCCACCCCAGUCUGAAGAACCUGAUCACAAAGAUCCUGCUGGAGAACAGUCCAACAUGGAGGACAGAAGCCGUCGGUGAUCAGAUCUCCCUCCCUCAGCUGAAGGAGUUGGACUGGAGAGUCGACAUGGUGACAGGAUCAGACUCAGUCAGUCGUAUGUCGGUCCCGACCUGCCUGGUUCAGCUCAAGAUAGAGGAUCCCUGUCCAUCAGCGGGCGGUGAGUCGGACUCCACGGUGACGGUGGAGCUGAGCAGGGAGUCUCUGGACACCAUACUGGACGGACUGGGACGCAUCAGAGAGCAGCUGUCUGCGGUCGCUGGGAAAUAAAGACUCAAACGAUGGUGUUUUCAUUUUUUACAAACGGAUGCUGAUGAGUUUGGACUGAAGCGGCCUCUCGCUGACAUGUUUUGUGCCAACGCGUUUGACCGAUGCCGAGCCACCGGAUAUCGCUCGCUCGUUGUUUUCUGCAGAGAGUGGCGCUGGUCGGGUGGAAGAAAAGCUGGUUUGUUUGAUCUGUUGACCCUGAACUCGCGAGUUAAUCACUCAGUUAGCAGACCGACAGAAAUGUAUAUAUUUCCAUUUAAUGACCCACUUCUCAUUCAGUAAAAACACAAAGUAUUUGGUACCUAAUGGCGAAACAUGGAAUCUGGUAUUACUGUGCAGCUCUUUGUCAUCAUUUACUGUACUUUUUCAUUCCUUUGGCUGCAGAUCAUCAGACCCAGAGAGAAUUCAUCAGUCAUGACGGACAUUUUGUAGACCGCAUCAUUUAUAGAAAGAAUAAUUGAGGGUCCAAGGAUGAAGUGAUGAAUGUCAGAGUAACGGUGUCAUACACAUAUUACAAUUAAAACUCCAGAUAUUUGUUAAAACACAUUCCUCUUUCAAAUGUGCCGAUAGGAAAAUAAACUACUCUUUGAAAAACUCA